CUAGGUGUUAUAAUCCCGAAUAAUUAUUCAGCACAGUUGAAUUGCCCAAUAGGACAUUUCCCACGCCUUAUGCAUGAUAGAGUGAGCAGUCAAGAAUAUGAAUUUAGGAAAAGGAGAUCUGAGGUUUCACUGGGUUCGGAUAAGGCAUCCUCUCUGUUCGGGGAUUAAGGAUUGUAGAAAUACAUACUUACCUUUCCUUGCCAUUAUCAGAGAGACAUCAAAUGAGUUGUGUUCCGACUUUCAUCGCAUCAUAUUAUCCUGAGUGAAAGAUGCCUUUUGGUGAGGUGUGAUGCGACACUUUGUCAGUUGUGCACCUGAGCCCAAUUUUGUGUUUCGUCACUUUAUAACAAGACACCCUCAGCCAAGGGAGGCCCACUGCAGGUUGAUCAGACCUGGGUGUCUGUAAUAUUGUUGCUAGGUCAUCUGGCAGCCCAUGCUGUGUCCAUCCGCCUCAACCAAUCGAACCGGCAGCCUUCUGGUCACAAGUCCGACCCUUUAGCUAUCAUUCCACGACUGCCUACACUGAAAUGCAAGAUCAGCACCGCCGGGCCUAUGGCGUAACAUUACAACACAUAACACCAUUUUAUUACAUGGUCAUUUGGCAGCCCAUAUUGAGUCCUUCCACGUCAACCACAGCCAGUAGCUGAUCCUCACAGCGACAGUGGCAAGUUCUUUGACUAUGGUCCGUUAGGCCUGUCCUCUGAUCCCCUAUUUUUUACCAGCCUUGUAGUGGAAUUGAAAACAAAUCACCUGCAGCCCACUUCCACCAGUACCAGCUCCGCUGUCCAUCCCCGAUCUUCAGCCUCCGCUGACAAGUUUGCCUUCCAGAGAUUAUUUUUUUCCGAAUGCUUCGUUAAUGGCCUCUUCUGAAGGUACAGUAUACUCAACUAUGAGGACUAUUCUCCUGGAGCUGGACCACAGAACUGUGUACUGCGGCAGGUUGGUCGCUGCGAUUUCAAAGGGGAAAGUAAGUCUGUGGGUUAAAUGCGAAACAGUUUGUUGCAGUUUGAGAAUCAUCUGAAAGUCGUAAGUUUAAUUGAUUAUUGUGAGUGUCUUAUCAAAUCUAGCGCAGUUUCGUUUCCAUUGUGUGCGUCCGGUGAGUCACGCUGAGUCACGUGUUAACAGUUGCGUUUAAUUGGCGUGUUAUUGUGAGAUUUUGGAAGGCGUGUCCUGCUGAAUUCAAGUGCUAGACUAAAACGGGUAUAUAGUAGGGGUGGGCGAUCUAGAAAAAAAUUCAAAUCACGAUUUUUUCCAGAUAGAUCACGAUUUACGAUUUUAUCGCGGUUCUUCUUCAAGUUGGUUUUAAGACUAUUUUGCAAAUUAAAGGGGCUUCAAUACAGCCAAACUAAGUCCCCAUAUAAAAAUAUACUCUUUACCAUUUAUAUUUUGAAGAAUAUUUUAAUCACGUUAAUAUUUAAUGCAAGUGCAAGACCAUAAAUCAGCUGUUAGCAAAAAACUUUACAUUUUGAAUUUUGUUUUUCAUCUUGUUGCGGCACUCGGAGUAAAGCUUUGGAAUGGGCGUGGAGGAUAAAUAUUUUUGGCUGGGUAUUUCGUGACGUGGAUCUACGACUUUGAGCAGUUUUUUAAAGCCCUCAUUUUCCACAGUCUUUAUGGGAAUCAUGUCUUUGGCCAGGUAAAAUGCGACCGCAUCAGUGACAUCUUUCCAGCGCUUGCUCGUUCUGUCAUACGGAUACGUGUUUUUUUUUCUCAAAUGGUUCUUUCGGUAAAGUCGUUGUUUAAGCCCUUUAGUUUCCGUAUGCUUGGUUGUACCUGAUUUACUCGCGUGGGAUCCCUUUAUAAUUUGACUGUCGGCAUACUCUUUCAGUCCCUUUUAUUUUGAGGUGGUUAAAAAGGUUCGUUGUGUCGCCUUACGACGCUCGAAUCUUAUCAUUGCCACAUUUGCAAAUAACUGUUGUUUGGGCCGUGUCAGUUGGGGAAAACCCAAACCAUUUCAAUAUUACUGAUGUAGAAUUUUUUUUAGGGACCAAGUCCUCCGUGUUUCCCUCCAUCUUCACUGACCGCGUCACUUAAUCUUACUGAAUUCACAAGCAAUGUAUACGAGCUUUGUAGUAGAGUAGGCGGGGCGAGACCGUGGUUCGAGGCCGGUAAGUGAUUGUUAAUUAGCGCCAGUGGUGCGCACCACGUAGGAGAUUGGGAGCGUAUAAAGAAACAAUGGCGACCGGACCGUCGAAGAGAGAGGACCGGGCCCAAACUUGUGUUUGUAUUUGUAUUUAUGUUUAUGUUAAUGUUAUUGCGCCGGCGGUCGUCCGUGAGGGGCCGCCGGCUGUUAUAUUACUUUAUUAAAUGUUUGUUUAAAUGUCUUCCGGUUCCCGACUCCUUCCUUCCAUACUUGAAUCGUAUUACAUUGGUGCCGAAACCCGGGAGGAAGGAGAGACAUGCUGUCGGAGAGCCCUCGCUGCUGAGGGGCAUCGCGGUGCUGAGGAGUUCGGGCAGCGCGGACGAGCGAUCCGCCAGUGGCUACACGAGGCGCUGGUUCUGGAGCGAAGAUUCGGAUGGGACAGAGAGCUCGCUGCCGUGCUCCUGGGCCGAGGUGAGAUGGCGGCCGUCCAAAAGGGAGGGGAGGAGUCAGCGCCGUUGGCCGUGAGCCGGAAUCCUGCUGUCAACAGCCAUGAUGGUGAGGAGCAGGAAACGGCGGACUGACUCGCUGCCCCGGUGCCCUAACACGGAGGAGCCAUCGCCAACCGCCAGGAGGCGGAGGAGGAUCGGGCCGUCCAUCGAACGUCCAGCACCACCGCAUAGCACCGCGAGGAAGAGCCUCUCGGCUGGUUGAGGAACGAGCGGCAGCAUGUCAGGGAACCGGACUAUAAUUUUUUUUUUACCUCUCUCCCCUCUCUCUUUCCGGUCGCUCCGAGAGCUCCCGUCCCCGUUGUCUCGUCUCGUCGCUGCAUACCCCCCACCCCACCCCCCCCCCGAGGGAGGGGGAGGGAGCUUGCACAGUCGCGGGGGUACCCCCCGGCCUGUGAGGGGUGAUGGGUGUAUGUAGUAGAGUAGGCGGGGCGAGACCGUGGUUCGAGGCCGGUAAGUGAUUGUUAAUUAGCGCCAGUGGUGCGCGCACCGGCCUCGCACCACGUAGGAGAUUGGGAGCGUAUAAAGAAACAAUGGCGACCGGACCGUCGAAGAGAGAGGACCGGGCCCGAACUUGUGUUUGUAUUUGUAUUUAUGUUUAUGUUAAUGUUAUUGCGCCGGCGGUCGUCCGUGAGGGGCCGCCGGCUGUUAUAUUACUUUAUUAAAUGUUUGUUUAAAUGUCUUCCGGUUCCCGACUCCUUCCUUCCAUACUUGAAUCGUAUUACAAGCUUGUUUACAUGGCGCAAUCUAUCGCAAGUAUGUUGACGAAUUCUAUAGAACACUACUAUAUAGGACGAUUUAACGAUUUUCCCGAAAAAGUGGAUCGUGCAGUCAUUUUAAUCGUUCACGAUCUAAUAUCGUCAUAUCGCACACCCCUAGUAUAUAGUAAGACUAUCCACCGCGUGCAGCGGUCGCGUGCAGCCCUCAUCGCGUGAAGACCGAAGAGAGUAAAGACCAUCGACUCUACCUGUGCGACUCCACCGAGCAAGGACACCGACAAGGCACUUGAGUAUUACUGCUUGCACUUCGACUAUUGCACUUAUCUAUUAUCUUUAUUUGUCUUGUACAUUCCUUCCUUUUUUACUAUGUGUUUCCAAAUCCACACUGUCAUUACAUCUCGUACACAAACGGUUACUCGCAGAAGGCCACGCAUGGCUAAUGCUAGCAACCUGCGUACUCUUUCAGCAUCCAGCACUACCUCUAUUACCUUUCCUAUUGGUUUAUGGAACUGCCAAUCCGCUGUAAACAAGGCAGAUUUCAUCACAGCUAUUGCCAAACAUUCGGGUCUUUCUCUUUUAGCACUUACUGAAACCUGGAUCAAACCCGAGGACACUGCCACACCGGCUGCACUCUCCAAUAACUACACUUUCUCUCACAGCCCACGCAUAUCAGGGAGGGGCGGAGGAACUGGUCUACUUAUUCCUAACGACUGGAAAUUCAAACAGCUUGCACCCUCAUGCAACAACACCGCCUUUGAGUUUCAUGCUGUCACUGUCAUCUACCCUGUUAAAACGCAUGUUGUAGUUAUAUAUCGUCCCCCAGGGCACCUUGGACUCUUCUUGGAGGAAUUGGACACACUUCUGUCAUCAUUCCCCGAGGAUGGUACUCCUCUGGUGGUACUUGGUGACUUCAACAUCCACCUGGAAAAACCACAGGCUGCUGACUUCAACAACCUGACUGCAUCGUUUGACCUCAAGCGAGUCCCCACUUCAGCAACCCAUAAAUCUGGUAAUCAACUUGAUCUCAUCUACACACGCUAUUGCUUCACCUAUCACUCCCAGGUAACCCCACUGCACACGUCGGAUCAUUUCCUCAUCACUCUUGAUCUCGACUUAACUUCUCCAGACACUACACAUGCCUCCCCACUGGUGACAUUCCGACGCAACCUACGAUCACUCUCUCCCUCCCGCCUAUCCUCUGCAGUCUCUGCUACUCUCCCACCCGCUAAACAGUUCUCUCUCCUUGAUGCUAACACUGCCACCAACACCCUUUGCUCCACACUAACCUCCUGCUUAGACAUCUUAUGCCCUCUUAGAUCUAGACCAUCUCGUGCAUCUCCUUCUGCCCCCUGGUUAUCUGAUGUUCUCCGUGAGCAUCGCACAUCUCUCAGGUCUGCUGAGAGAAAGUGGCGCAAAUCUAAAGAACCCACUGACCUCUCUCUCUACCAGUCUAUUCUCUCUUCCUUCUCUGCGGAUGUCUCCUCUGCGAAAACCCAAUACUACCAUACUAAAAUCAACAACUCUUUGACACAGUUAACCAUCACAUCCUCCUGUCCACCCUCAAGGCAAUGGGGGUCUCUGGAAUGGUGCUACAAUGGUUCAGGUCUUACCUCUCGGGUAGGUCCUUUAGAGUAUCUUGGAGAGAUGAGGUGUCGGAGUCCCAUCAUCUGGACACAGGUGUGCCUCAGGGCUCAGUGCUUGGUCCGUUGCUAUUCUCUGUAUACAUGACAUCCCUUGGCUCUGUCAUUAGGAAACAUGGCUUUUCCUAUCACUGCUAUGCGGAUGAUACUCAACUCUACAUGUCUUUUCGCCCUGACGAUCCGACUGUCUCUGCACGCAUCUCAGCUUGCCUAGCCGACAUCUCGCUCUGGAUGAAC